UUUUUCCAAACUACUGUACGUACUCGAUUUACAAAUACAAAGUUUGAGUUUCCUAUAAAAAUCAUAUUUUUGGCUUUCUGUCAAAAAUCUUCAUUUUUUUUAAUUUUUCCGAUUUAAUUACCAACAUCAUUAUUAAUAGAGUAAUUUAUGGGUAAAUACGUGGACUAGGGCGCUUAUAAUGGAUGACGAUAUAGUCGACAGCCAUUGUGAUCCGCAAAAACCGCGUGGUAUUUCCUAUGAGAACAUCACCACUGCUGAUUUGCUUUUGUUGGACGAAGUGAUUAAAACGCCAUGUACGCGCGCUAUGAACUGUGUUGAAUAUAAUAUGGAGAUAUUUUUUAAGAAAGAAUUCAUGCAGACGAUGGGCAGUUUCAAAGCACGAGGAGCACGUUUUGCCUUACUUUACCUCUCAGACAAGCAAAAACAAAUUGGUGUUAUAACUGCCUCAACGGGGAAUCACGCCUUGGCCUUAAGUUAUCAAGGUAAUCUACUCAAAAUCCCCGUUACAGUUGUGGUGCCAACUUGUACCGCCCCGCAGACUAUUGUAAAAUGCCGUUCUUAUAAUGCGCAUGUGAUUACUGAGGGUCGCGACAUUGCUGAAUCCAGAGUGGUUGCUUUAGUUUUAGCUAAGGAGCGGGAACUAGAAUAUAUCGAUAGUUAUGAUCAUCCACAUGUAAUCGCCGGGAAUGGCACGAUAGGCUUUGAGAUACUAAGGCAAGUACCAAAAAUAGACGCCAUCGUUGUGCCUGUUGGAGGUGGUGGACUCAUAGCGGGUAUUGCCACAGCAGUUAAGACGGUAUCACCACAGACACUAAUUAUUGGUGUGGAGUUGGAAAAGUGUCCCAGUUUCCAACGUGCCAUGGAGAAUGAGAAACCAACUUACACACCACCAAAUAACUCGCUGGCUGACGGUUUGCUCGUGCCCAAGGUGGGUUGCAAUGCCUUCUCCAUGGUUGCGGUUUUGAUAGAUAAGUUGGUGUUGGUACGCGAUGCUUGGGUGGCGUUGGCAAUGCUGCGACUGGUUGUCGAAGAGGAGUGCGUAGUCGAGGGCGCCGGUGCUGUGGGAUUGGCGGCGAUACUAGCUGGUCACUUGAAUGAAUUGCAUCUGAAGAGAGUUGUGGUUUUACUUAGUGGCUGUAAUACCUAUGAGGCUGCUUUCGGACGUGCUCUUGAGUGUGGAAUGGCUGCCGAACGACGUUUAUUGCCAGAUGAGACUGAGCAUAAUGUCUGCAGCGCACUUACACUUAUCGAAAAGCUUACUAAAAUUGGUCUAAAUGUGAAUGAUAUAUUAUCAGAAUGUGUAUGGUUGCCAUUAGCAUAUAGUUUGGAACUUGAACAACGUGCCAAGGCUGUAAUUCAUGAACUCGCAUUAGACGAGAUGCGAAAACCACCAAGUGACAACGAGGAAGGCGACGUACAACCAACGACAUCGGCACGAAGUCAAAACGAAGCCGUGAGAAAUCAAAACGAAGUCGCAAGAGGUCAAAAGGAAACUGCAAGAAGUCAAAGUAAAGCCGCAAAAAGUCCAAGAGUAGUACCAGAAGCGAAACACGAAGAUACUAGCAAGGAGACGCAAAAACAGGUGGUUGAAGAUAUCCAAGCCAAAUCAGCUCCAGAAAAAUGCGCAAUGCCUGUGCAUGCGCCAUUAAAAACCAGAAAAUCUUCCAUAACAAACCGAAAGUUGAUCUUCAAAAGGCCGGCUAAAUAAAGACUUCCCGUACCGCCGGUUUUCUGAAUGUCUAAAAACCGGAAAACUAAAACAAAGCCUCAAAGCCCUUAAGAGGCAACAACAAAUAUGUAAUUCAUAAAAUUUCAUUUCAUCUCAUUUAUAAAACGUUUGCAAAAAUUGUUGCACUAAAAACCAAAAAUAUUUCAAUAAAUCAUGCUUCAUCUUCACCCGCAGUUUCGGCCGAAA